AUUCUCAGUGUUUGUGCACUGAAUUUCUACAAGUUUCUACAUCACACGUGUGUAAGUUGCGUAUUGGCCCAUGAUAUUGGCUUCUACUUGUGAUGUCACAAAGUCCUGCUUGUAUACACACGUCUUAAACUCAGAUUUAAAGUGAGCAGAUGAAUGUGAAAACCGCCUUUUAGUGUUUUUCCGCGGAGUGAAGGUCAAACAUCCAAGUGAAGUAACAACCAGCAAAACACAGUUUUGAGUGGAGGGGAACACAGACUUGUAAGCUUUAAUUAACUCAUUAAUACAGAGUAUGUGACAGGUGAGGAUGACUGUUUCCAAUAAGUUAAAUAAUCAUGUAGAAAUUACAGUAUUAUUAUUCCAGUUCUGUUAGGAGACACUGUUUGAUGUGAUAAUGGAUCAGGAGGAGGUUCGUAAAGGAAGGCUAACACAGCAGAGGAGGUUGGGAGUGUGUGUGUGAGAGAGAGAGAGUGUGUGCAUGUGUGUGUGUGGGAAACAGAGACAAACCCAUAGCAGCUCACCCAAACUUGCAUUCGAUCUGCAUUGCGACUAUCAUAUGAUGGUUUCUCUUCUGUUUGCAUUCUUCAUGGCAUUCUGCCGGCUCGAGUGAUCUCAUGGAAUGCACGUGGGAUUUUUCUUCAAGAAAACAUUUAGCUGAACCCUGCGCUCGACCGCUCUCUCACCCAGACUGGAGUCUCUGCGUGGGUCCAUUUGAAUGACUUUUGUGGAGAAAUUAAAAAACAAAAACUAUAUCAUGGGAUUUGGGAUGUGAUGCGAGGUGUCUUUGCUGACUGCAUCAAUGCCGUACUAAAGGUGAAGGAAAAUGCGGAUACCAUUGUUAAUUUGGAUUCUGCACUUCAUGAAUCUUACAAAAGGCCCAGAUAACACAAAGAUUCUGCGAUACAGACGUAGCGCCUCUGUGAGUAGACUCUGUCCGGCAGGUUGUGCAACAUGCUCAUCCCUGAAUGGCUGUCUGUCCUGCAAACCUCGCCUCUUCUUCCACUUGGAGCUGGACGGGAUGCGGCAGAGGGGCACGUGCCUGUCCUCCUGUCCCCGGGGUCACUAUGGCAUGCGCUCUCCGCACAUCAGCACCUGCACCAGGUGCAAGGAGGACUGCGCUUCCUGUUUCAGUGAAAAUUUCUGCACACAUUGUCAUCCGGGCUACUUCCUGUUGCGGGGCAAAUGUGAAAACAGCUGUCCAAACGGGCUGACAGCAAACACAGCACUGCGAGAAUGCACAGAGUGCUCUAUAGGCUGUGAGGUGUGUGUGAGGAGGAACAUGUGUGUCAGGUGUAGAGCAGACCUGUACUUUCUCCACGGCCAGUGCCAUCUCACCUGCCCGAGGGGAUUCGAGCCUGAUGUACAGCUCAUGCAAUGCAUCCUCCAAGUGCACUGUGAGGUUGGGGAGUGGACAGAUUGGGGUCCAUGUGUUCGGAAAAGGAGCAUGCGGGCCUACAGGAGGGGAGCAGAGACGCGUACCAGACAAGUUCUGCAGUCCCCAAGUGUCUACGGUGACCCCUGUCCACAUGUGUCAGAGAUCAGGAAGUGUAUCAUCAAAAAGAGACCCAAGAGUCCUAGUAGGUUGUGAUAAGAUGAAAGAGAGCCCCUUAUAAACUAUUGGUUGAGAUAUUCAGCAUCUUACUGCACAUUCUACACUGGUAAUUUAAGAACUUGGAAAACAAUUAUAAAUUGUAAAAAUGUCAAAGUUAAGAUGUAUUCAUCAAAAAUUAAACAGAUUUUUCUAUGCAAUCACACAGAAGUUAAUAAAAGGGAUUGCUGGAUAUGAUGAUUCAUGAAAUUGUUGUGUACCUAUAAAUUCAACACCUUUGCUGCAUCGCUUGGCCUUAUCUGGACAUUUCACAUGAAUAGCCGUCAUGUGCUAAAUUGAUGCCACUUGUGGCCAGCCAUGGUAAGCCAGUACUUAUUUGUUUUACAUAUUGAUUGCCUAACUUGACUGUGGUUCAGUUUUAUGUCUUAUUGCAACUUUUUGAGGACACCUGCACACUGUCCUCUUACUUGCAAUAAAAUUUAUUAAGAAAAA